UAUAUAUAUAUAAAUUCUUUUUACAUACUAAAUAAUACUAUAAACUAUGUUCUAAAACUACAUAUAAACAAUCACAUUCGUAUUAUCAUUAAUUAUUCUAUAAAACAAAAUCAUAAAACAUAUAUAUAUAUAUAUAUAUAUAUAUAUAUAUGUAUAUUUUAAUUUCAAGCUUGAUCUUUUCAUUACUCUUCAGCUUCACCAUCCAUAUAAUGUCCAAUUGAUGAUUCCUAGUCCAACAUUUCACUUCAAAUCCUCAGUCACAAACCCCAUAUACCAAUCUAUCUAACAAAAACAAAAACAAAAACACAAACCAUACAUCAACCUACAAUACCCCACGCGCCACCUCGGCGGCCAUGGGAAAACCCCGGUUCAUUCUCGUCGUGUAUCCAGCACAAGGUCACAUAAACCCUGGCCUUCAAUUUGCAAAGCGCGUCAUCGACGCCGGUGCAGAGAUCACCAUGGUCACCACUGUCUUUGCCCACCGGCGCGUGAUGAAGAGCAAAGCUUCCACUCCCACGGGGUUGUCCUUCUUCCCCUACUCCGACAGCUACGAUGAAGGGUUCAAGCCCGGGGAUGACAUCCACACCUUUGUAUCGGAGACUCGCCGUCGCGGAAAGCAAGCAGUCUCGGAACUCAUAGACUCCGGUGCCAAACAAGGCCAUCCAUUCACUUGUAUAGUAUACAGCUUAUGCCUCCAAUGGGCUGCAGAGUUAGCUCAUGAGCUUCGAAUUCCAACGGCCUUACUUUGGGUUGAGCCAGCUACAGUGUUUGAUAUGUAUUACUAUUACUUACAUGGCUAUGAAGAUAUCAUCAAGGACACUAUCAAUAACCCUUCAUUUUCAGUAGAAUUACCAGAACUGCCAUUGAAGCUCACUGGUUCAGACUUUCCCUCCUUCAUGGAUGCUUCGAAGCCUGAGAGUGAUAUUGCCAUGCAAGUAUUCAAACAACAAUUUGAAGUUCUUGAAAAAGAAAGAAACCCAAAAGUGAUUGUGAACACCUUUGAUGAUUUAGAGCCUGAGGCUUUGAAAGCAAUAAGUGAGAUCGAUUUGAUUGGAAUUGGACCGUUGAUUCCCAUUACUUUCUUGGACGGGAAAGAAAAUCAUGAAGAUCCAUCUGAGAAUAGUUCAUUUAGAGGAGAUCUUUUUGAAGGCUUAAAGGACUGGAAUUGUAAGGAAUGGAUGAAUUCGAAACCAAAAGGUUCCAUUGUUUAUGUUUCAUUUGGAAGUAUGUGUGUGUUGCCAAAGCAACAAAUGGAGGAAAUUGGAGGUGGGUUAUUGGAUUUUGGCCAAACAUUUUUGUGGGUUAUUACAGAGAAGCAAUAUGAAGAGGGAAGGAGUGCAGAAGACGAAUUGAAUUGCAUAGAGGAAUUAGAGAAGCUUGGGAAAAUAGUUCCAUGGUGUUCUCAAAUGGAGGUAUUGUCAAAUCCUUCAUUGGGUUGUUUUGUGACUCAUUGUGGGUGGAAUUCCACAUUGGAGAGCUUGGUUUGUGGGGUUCCAAUGGUGGCUUUUCCAAGGUCAGUAGACCAAGGAAGCAAUGCAAAGUUGAUAGAGGAUUCAUGGAGGAGUGGGGUGAGAGUGAAGGCAAACAAGGAAGGGACUAUUGAGAAGGAUGAGAUUAAAAGGUGUUUGGAAUUGGUAAUGAGAGAUGAAGAAAUUAGAAGGAAUGCGAAAAAAUGGAAGGAUUUGGGUAGAGAAGCUGCCAUGGAAGGUGGGUCUUCUAAUAAGAAUUUCAAGGCGUUUGUGAAUGAGGUAAUUUUAGAUUCCUAGAUUUGUGAAUUUGGUAUUGGAUUCUCUUCAUGAAUAAAAUUGCAUUUUUUUAAUUAUAAUAA